AUGAGCAUCUUAGAAGAAAAAAUCCAUGUAUUCCAAGAAUCUGUUCAAAUACCAAUUCAAAUUUAUAAAAAAAACGAUCAAAUUUCUGAACCUGAACCUUUGAUAGAAGUUAAAAAACUGCCUUUAAGAAAUCAACAAAUGCAAACAAGAUUAGCUAUAAAUAAGCAUCCAAAAGAAAGUCUUAAAGAAUAG